CACUGUGAGAUGACAUUCCUGCUCCAGCAGGGUUGGGUGGUGAAUUGCUCGUGCCCAGCCAGCACAGCACAGGAGGGGAAAACCCAGUCACAGAGUGCUGAGGGUUAAAUACCAGUGCUGGGCUUGAGUGGAUGCCUUCAGAACAGAAAUCCUGGAAUGGUUUUGGGGUGCUGUGAGUGCCUGAGGUGCUGUGGGAGGAGGGAGCCGAGGCCUCGGAGUGUGUGGCUUGGGCACCCAGAGAAGAGAGACCAGAGGUAUCCUCGCAAUGUCAUCAACAACCAGAAGUACAACUUUUUUACCUUUCUCCCUGGGGUAUUGUUUAACCAGUUCAAAUACUUCUUCAACCUUUAUUUCUUGCUCUUGGCCUGCUCUCAGUUCGUGGUUGAGAUGAGGCUUGGUGCACUUUACACAUACUGGGUUCCUCUGGGGUUUGUGCUGGCUGUCACCGUGAUCCGCGAGGCGGCCGAGGAGCUGCGCUGCUACAUGAGGGACAAGGAGGUGAACUCGCAGAUCUACAGCAAGCUCACAGCCAGAGGGACUGUCAAGGUGAAGAGCUCUAACAUACAAGUGGGUGACCUCAUCAUUGUGGAAAAGAACCAGAGGGUCCCUGCUGACAUGAUCUUCCUAAGGACGUCGGAGAAGAAUGGGUCCUGCUUCCUGCGCACGGACCAGCUGGACGGGGAGACUGACUGGAAGCUGCGGCUGCCCGUCACCUGCACCCAGCGCCUGCCCACGGCCUCUGACCUGCUGCAAAUCCGCUCCUACGUCUACGCAGAAGAACCCAACAUUGACAUACACAACUUCGUGGGGACCUUCACCAGGGAGGACAGUGACCCUCCAGUAAAUGAAAGUUUAAGCAUAGAAAACACCCUGUGGGCCAGCACAGUGAUUGCAUCAGGUACUGUGGUGGGAGUUGUCCUCUACACGGGACGGGAGCUGCGCAGUGUGAUGAACACCUCCAACCCCAGAAGUAAGAUUGGCCUCUUUGAUUUGGAGGUGAACUGCCUCACCAAGAUCCUGUUUGGGGCUCUGGUGGUGGUGUCCCUGGUCAUGGUGGCCCUCCAGCACUUCGCAGGCCGUUGGUACCUGCAGAUCAUCAGGUUCCUGCUGCUGUUCUCAAACAUCAUUCCCAUCAGUUUACGUGUGAAUCUGGACAUGGGGAAGAUUGUGUACAGCUGGGUGAUCCGCAGAGAUUCCAAAAUCCCUGGCACUGUGGUUCGGUCCAGCACCAUUCCUGAGCAGCUGGGGAGGAUUUCCUAUUUGCUUACAGACAAAACAGGGACUCUCACCCAGAACGAGAUGGUUUUCAAGAGGCUCCACCUGGGAACGGUGGCGUACGGCCUGGACUCCAUGGACGAGGUGCAGAGCCACAUAUUCAGCAUUUACACACAGCAGGCACAGGACCCCCCGGCCGUGAAGGGGCUGUCCCUGGCCACCAAGGUGCGGCGCAGCAUGAGCAGCCGCGUGCACGAGGCCGUCAAGGCCAUCGCGCUGUGCCACAACGUCACCCCCGUCUACGAGAGCAAUGGCGUCACCGACCAGGCCGAGGCCGAGCGCCACUACGAGGACUCCUGCCGGGUGUACCAGGCCUCCAGCCCCGACGAGGUGGCCCUGGUGCAGUGGACAGAGAGCGUGGGCCUGACCCUGGUGGGCAGAGACCAGUCCUCGGUGCAGCUGAGGAGCCCAGGGGGGCACAUCCUCAACUUCACCAUCCUGCAGAUCUUCCCCUUCACCUACGAGAGCAAGCGCAUGGGCAUCAUCGUGCGGGAUGAAUCCACAGGAGAGAUCACGUUCUACAUGAAGGGGGCAGACGUGGUGAUGGCUGGCAUCGUGCAGUACAACGACUGGCUGGAGGAGGAGUGUGGUAACAUGGCUCGGGAAGGCCUCAGGGUUCUUGUCGUGGCCAAGAAGUCUCUGACAGAAGAGCAGUAUCAAGACUUUGAAGCACGCUACGUCCAGGCCAAGCUGAGCGUCCACGACCGCUCCCUGAAGGUGGCCACGGUCAUCGAGAGCCUGGAGAUGGAGAUGGAGCUGCUGUGUCUCACUGGGGUGGAGGACCAGCUGCAGACAGACGUCAGGCCCACGCUGGAGACGCUGAGGAACGCUGGCAUUAAGGUGUGGAUGCUGACAGGGGAUAAGCUGGAGACAGCCACGUGUACGGCCAAGAACGCUCAUCUGGUGACACGGACACAGGACAUCCAUAUAUUCAGACUAGUGACAAACCGAGGAGAAGCCCACCUGGAGCUGAAUGCCUUCCGCCGCAAGCACGACUGUGCCCUGGUCAUCUCAGGAGACUCGCUGGAGGUGUGCCUGAAGUACUACGAGUGCGAGUUCAUGGAGCUGGCGUGCCAGUGCCCCGCCGUGGUGUGCUGCCGCUGCGCCCCCACGCAGAAGGCGCAGAUCGUGCGGCUGCUGCAGGAGAGGACGGGCAAGCUCACCUGUGCCGUGGGUGAUGGAGGGAAUGAUGUUAGCAUGAUUCAGGAGGCUGACUGUGGUGUUGGAGUUGAAGGCAAGGAAGGGAAGCAGGCAUCGCUGGCAGCUGAUUUCUCCAUCACUCAGUUCAAGCACCUGGGUCGUUUGCUCAUGGUCCAUGGAAGGAACAGCUACAAGAGGUCUGCAGCCCUCAGCCAGUUUGUGAUCCACAGGAGCCUCUGCAUCAGCACCAUGCAGGCUGUUUUCUCAUCAGUGUUUUACUUUGCUUCAGUUCCUCUCUACCAAGGCUUCCUCAUCAUUGGGUACUCCACAAUUUACACCAUGUUUCCUGUGUUUUCUCUUGUCCUGGACAAGGAUGUGAAAUCUGAAGUUGCAAUGUUGUACCCAGAGCUCUACAAAGAUCUUCUCAAGGGACGACCGUUGUCAUACAAAACGUUUUUAAUCUGGGUCUUGAUAAGCAUUUAUCAAGGUAGCAUCAUCAUGUAUGGAGCACUCCUCCUCUUUGAAUCCGAAUUUGUGCACAUUGUUGCCAUUUCCUUCACGUCCCUGAUCCUCACCGAGCUGCUGAUGGUGGCCCUGACAAUCCAGACGUGGCACUGGCUGAUGAUCGUGGCUGAGCUGCUCAGCCUCUCCUGCUACAUCGCUUCCCUGGUCUUCUUGCACGAGUUUAUUGAUGUUUACUUCAUUGCCACCUUGUCGUUCCUGUGGAAGGUCACUGUCAUCACCCUGGUGAGCUGCCUGCCCCUCUACGUCCUCAAGUACCUGAGACGGAGGUUUUCUCCCCCCAGCUACUCGAAGCUCACAUCCUAGGGCUGCUGGCACACAGAGACAGACAUUGCCCAGGGCCCCGAGACACCCCCAGCUGUUCCACAAUGAACAGUCCUGUCCCUGCCUCAGGGCCCCGUGGUGAUCUCUGGUACCUGCUGCUGUGGUGGGGGACUUCCAGACUGCCCUGGACAGGGCCCUGACACCAAAAGGGACUGUUUGGAGGGUGGAGACUCUGAGUUCAUCCAGUUCUUGGCACUUUUGUUCUACUUAAUUGGGGUCAAAUGCAUGGAACUGCGAUGGCAACGGGUUUCUCUUGCAUGGUUCAAAGUCUGUGGAAGCUGCUACCUGACCUUGGGAUUUACAUUUGACAAUUUAAAGUGAAUUUUUUAAGUGUCUGCGCUGUUCUUUGCAGUGUGUUUCCUUUUUAUAAGUUUAUGUUAUUCGUCUUUUUGAUUCAAGUAGUUACAUUCUUUUUACAUCUUGGAAAGCCCUUAAUGUAGGUGAUGCACUGCACUGCUGACAGCUGAUUCCUGAUUUAUGGCAUGUUGUUUCCAUAAUGGGGCUCCAGCCUGUCGGAUCUACACACACUGGAGAAUCUGAGCGUGUCUGAGAUUUUCCUGCCGUUGAAAUGUGGUCACCUCAGUGAUUUUGGAGGUAUCCAGCCAUUGAUAAAGACAGAAAAGUGGUAGCUCAAAACGAGAGAAUUCAGUUUUGUUUAGCUUUUGUGCUUCCUGUUAAAAGGAGCAGUGACAUAAUAGUUUUACUCUGUAUUUAUUUGUGUAGGAGAAAAUUAUCUAAACUAAAGCAAAUCCUCUUUGGAGCAGAACUUUGCAGUUGAUCAUCCUUGAAAUGUGUCGACAACGUGAGAAGAGACUCGUACUGUUCUGCAGACAAUGUGGCAGACGUGUCUUGAAUCCUUGGAGACUGAAAGGAGGGGUCACAGAGCUGCUACUCCUCACAGCUCCAUGAAAUCUGUUUCCUGUUAGUGUGAAACUUUGAGUAUGAGCUGCAAAUAAGCAGAGGCACUCCUAGGUGGAUGUUUUAUGACAUGCUCCCCACAGAGGCAGUUUUUGGAGCCUUGCACUUGCUCGGCUCUAAAAACCAAACCUGAAUCACAGGAAUAGGUUCAUACAAAGGCAUUAGGCUGAGUGCAGAGCAAAUUUAUGUGGUAUUCGUUCUCAAAAAUUAAACUCAGCGAGUUCUGUCAUUAUAAUUAUUUAGUCCACAUUAUAAUCUCAUGAGGAGAGCCACACGUACUUGGGCUUCUCAGUAGAGGGACAGAGACUUACAGGGACCUUUUAGAGCUGGGUUGGUGCAUCAGGCACAGAUGGGCUUUUAGUGCCAGCCAUCCUUGUCUGAGGCUCUUCAGUCUGUGCUAAAUUAGCUGCUUGCUGUCUUCUUCCCACAUCAGAGAAACCACGGGCAGAGCUGGCACUGCUUGGGACUCUUGUUCCUUGGCUGCCUGGGGGCAGAGCCCAGAGCCUGAGCUCCUGUCCCAGAGCAGGGCCUGAGCUCCUGUCCCAAGGCAGAACCAGGGCUCCCUUCUGGCAGUUGGCUCGCAGCCUCCUGUGAAUUAAUUAAUGCCAUUUUGCCAGAAAGGUCCUUAAGGUUUUCUUCAUCAUGACUGGAUAGUGUUGGCCAUGCCACUGUUCUGGAGUCCCCAGACAGCAUUUCACAGAAUCAUGGAAUGGUUUGGGUUGGAAGGGACCUUAAAGCCCACCCAGUGCCACCCCUGCCAUGGCAGGGACACCUCCCACUGUCCCAGGCUGCUCCCAGCCCUGUCUUUGGGCACUGCCAGGGAUCCAGGGGCAGCCCCAGCUGCUCUGGGCACCCUGUGCCAGGGCCUGCCCACCCUGACAGGCAGAAUUUCUUCUCAAUAUCCCAUCUAAGUACAAGAACCAAGAAUUCCUCUUGGCCCCAGGUGGUGACUGGGCAGCCCAGUCCUCCUGGGCUCUGGUGCCCAGCCCUUCCCCUCUCUCCUGUGUGUUGGUAGUUCAUUGUCCUGCAACAGCAACAGUGCCAAGCUACUCUGUGUAAAUAUUUGAGACAUAUAAAUGGUAGAAUUCACUGUUUCCUCAAGUCAAUACAGUUUACACUGAGUGGACCAUAUUUGCAAACUAUUAGCUUACACCAAGAAAGGGAGUGAACUGUGAUUUCAUUUGUAUUUAUUGAAUCAUAAGUUUAGUAACAUAUUUAGUAGAGUUGAUAGUGAUCUAGAGCUGUGUUUUGGGGUGUGGAUUAUGUUCUUUGCAGUUUGUGUUUUUGCACAAGGCAGUACAUCCAGAAGUCAUUUCUGCCUGGAUAUACACUACAUUUUUUCAAAGCAGUCAGAGACUAAAACUGCCAUCUAACAAACAGCAGGAAAGAGCAACACUUCUAUUUUUCAAGUUUAGCACUUUAUGUUUGCAACCCAUUUCUCUUAAGUUAUUUAAAAAUGUUUUUAAAAGCAAAAUUUAAUACACAUGCUCCUGUUUACUGUACAUUAAAAUAAAUGGAUUCUCUGCUGGAAAUUUCAUCUUUUCCUCUAGUACACUCAUAAUUUGUACUUUUGGGGAGUGAAGCAUUGUUUUCUUCUUCUGUGUAGUAUCUUGUUUGUGGCCUUAGUGUCCUUGCUAUUCCUUUCUCUGUGUGGGUUAUGUGCUGUAGCAGUUCAUGUGUGACCUGUGUGCUUUGGGGCUGCUCCAGGUGAUGCCCCUGGGUGCCAGUGGAGUCUCCCCAUGGCUGCCAACACCCCGUGAUGAGCUGCUGCAGGGUGAGCUUUUGUGGCACACUCUGUCCUCUUCCUGCACCUCUGCAGCAAUUCCAGGUGUGUCACACCCUCUCUAUCCCCUCACCUCUGGAUUUCUCUCCUCUGCAGAGCUUGUCCUGUUCACCUGUGCAAACAUUUGUUCAGCUCAGCUCGUGGGGCAGUGGAACCCAGCAUUCUGUGUUGCACAGUCUGUGCAGGCUCUGAUCAGAGCUGGCUGAGGUGAGGGGUGCUCAGGACCAUCCCUGGUGUCCCCUCAGGGUGUGUGUUGGGAGCUGCACCGGGGUGUUCUCCUGUGCUCCCAGAGCUGGCCCAGCCCAGCCCGGGCUCUGGAUCUGCCUGGGGAGUUGUGCUGGGGGUGAGCUGGGUUUGCCAGGGAGCCCCAGGGCAGGGGAAUCCCUGAAGCUGCUCUGUGGGGUUUAUGUGAGAAAGCUGCUGCACCACAGGGCCCUGGUUUCACAGGCAGAGCUCUGCCCCCAUCAGGGACGUGAGCCCUGCCUUGUGCAGCUCAGUGGCCUGAGCUGUUCCUGUGGGAUUGGGCUCAUCCCACAGUGUCUGGGGCCAGGCCAGGGCCCACUUCAGCACGAUGGGCUCUUUAUUUAUUAUUAGUUAUUUCAUAAGUGUUAAACUCUCUGAUUUGCAUGAAAUCCUGUGGUUCACAGCUUUGCCAAUAUGGUCCAUUACUACUGCCUACGACAACUUGUGUACUUAUAUGCCUUUGAGAACAGUUUUAAUUGUUAAAAUUGUUUAAAAACUCAGUGUUAAUUUAAUUUUUAAUGGGGAAAUGGAUUCUGGUGUCAAAAUGGUAUUUACUGUGAUGCCGAUGUUUUGUACCUGUCAUCCAGCUAAACAACCUGUAAAUAUCCUGAGUCAAGAGAAACGUGAAUGCCAAUUAUUUAUUGUUCUGUGGAGUUACAUGUCGCAGAUGUGUAAGACCUUAAAAGGGAAUGUUGUAAAACAAGGUGGAAAAAAUAAAUUUUAUGCAACUUCUUUACUUCA